AUGUUCUCGAGACUUACUUUGUGCUGGGCUGCUCUGCCACUUACUGUCGCAUUUCUCCCGGCACUGCAGCUGGACGACGAAUGCCAAACAGGCGAGUGCGCGCUGGAAGCUCUGCAACUGAAAGGCGGCCUCGUUGAGGACGUAGAUGCAGAUAGCAGUUGCGAGGAUAGUACUGGUGGUGCCUGCAUGGACGACGUCAUGUGGGCGAAGAAUGAAGGGAUUCGCAGCCAUCCGGACUGGUACCCCGGCCUCUCACAAGGUUCCAGCUUGCCAGAAUUCCAAUGCCAAGUAUACAAGGCCAACCCUGCCAAGUGCCCAAAGCCUUGCAGUGUUUCCUGCACUGGGCCCGUGGCGCAGCCCAAUCGAUCGCCCACCGUUGUGGCUCCGAGCUGCGCGGGCAAGGAGCAGCAAGAUGCCUGCCUCUGCGUCUUCGACAUUGAUCGAACUCUGACCUCCAAGCAGGGCCAGCAUGCCGUAGCUCUGGCGGACUGUGGAGAUCGCUGCUCCAGGAGUCCCAAUCCAGUGUCCUUGGGCUUGCCGUCGCAGCUAGAUGCCGAAGUGGUGGCUGCGACCCAGUUGGAGUCGCAAGACAGUUCGUUGGAGGCAGAGUCCAAGAGCAAUCGCAAGAGGACAGCGGAAGCGGUUGCAAGCUCCUCUGCUCCCACGGCCGAGCCAGAGUUGAGGAUGCAGCUUCCGAGAACUACAGUCCAGACGCCAAGUCUACGGGACAUUGGGCGGGUACUGCGAAGCUCGCUGGGCACCAUAAAGGAAACAGCCAGGGGCGACCUUUACAUGCUGCAAAUCUACGAGGCACCCAGCCUGUCAGCUUCCGAGGCUACGAAUCAGAUUGGGCAUCCUGUGCAGCAGCAAGUCCUGGCUAUCUACCUCCUCUACUUUCUGAGUCGUAUCGGAAGCUGGCCGGUUGGGCGCCUCAUAGUCUUGCAGCAUGUGGAAGUUGCCUGGCUUCUUAAGGAGGAGGCCCCGCACGAGUCCAAGCGGAAACAGUCCCUUGACAAGGGCGUCCUUUCGGGCGUCGGCCAGCGCCUCCCGCAGAUUCGAGCGAGGACGUGCUCGAAGAAUGUCCGUGCAGACAGCCACGACCAGCGAGCAUGUGAGCAGGGUGUCCUGGAGAUGUUCGUGCACAUGUUCGUGAGGUUCUACCAUGGUGAACCUCAGCUCCCGAGACCAAAAUCAGCAAGCGAUGUCAAGUUUGGCACGGAUGUCUGCCCUGGUUCCAGUGCGUCGGAUGGAAUUGUCGACACCGCAUAUGGAGGUGGCGAUUUGGUGUUAUCUGCUCUGGCAGCUGCACGAAUCUCCGGCACUUUCUGCGAGAAGUGCUACCUGGGCAUCUGCUCCCACGGCGAUGGCAGCGGGGCCAACUCUCGGGAGCGCGAGGAGCUCUUGCACCAGGUCUUGCGGAGCGAUGCAAUGGAUAAGUUCCAGAUGAAGCCGCAGAAUGCGGCAUGGAGUGACAUGAAGCUCCUAUCGCCCUACGUCGUCGCGCAACCAGACGGACGAAAGCAGGAUGCCGUCGCUCAGAUUUUGGAGUGGUAUGCAUCUCAACAAGUGUGCAUUCCGAAGAGCAACACGUACUUCUUCGAUGAUAAGGACGCAAACAUCCUUCCCUUCCGAGGAACUGGGAUGAACGCCCAUCAAAUCUCCUGCGACUCUAGAGAUCCUCAGCUUGGCUGGGGUGAGGUGGGUUUCUGCGGCGCAACACUCCCAGAGAUCCGAGACCAGAAGGGCGUGACCGUUUGCAAGAUCGACUGCAAAUGGUCGGACUGGUCUGCAUGGGGCGGUUGCUCGAAAAGCUGUGGCGGCGGAUCCAGGCAGCGAAAUCGAAGAAUAAUCAUCAAGACAAGGAAUGGCGGGCAGGACUGCCCUGGCAGCGCAUUGGACCACCAGGAGUGCAAUGCGGAGGCUUGCCCCACAACGACCACUACAACGACGACAACGACGACGGCGACCGAGUCUGCGGCAGCUGUAGAGGCGACCGCAGAGGCAGACGACGAAGAGGACAUUUCUGAUGUUGAUCGCAGUAACAUGCAGUGA